CUGGUGCUGCGCCCGGGGAGCCCCAGUAUGAACGUAUUCAUCCAUCUGAGGGUAUUGUACAAUAUUUGCAUCGUUCUCUGCAGGAGUUGUUAAAAAGUCAUCAAGAAUGUCUAAAGAUGCAGAGGGGGAUGGUGAAGGACAGACAGACGAACCUGGCCGUGCAACAAUCGGAAAUCACUAAAAAGUCCUACGUGAUAAAGGAGAGCAUAAUAAGAAAACAUCUGGAGAUCCGAGCCAUCCUGGACGAAGACCUGAGGACCACACUGUCCUACUUGGAGGCAGAGGAGCGUGCUGCUGUCUCAGCUCUGGACUGGCUCAUGGAGGAGAACUGGUCUCUGAUCCGGGAGAUAGAGCAGGACCUGGCUGGGAUCACAGUGACGCUCGACCACGAGGACUUGCAUGCUCAUGAAAUGUCAGACCACCAAGGUGCAGGGGUGAUCGACAGAGUGGCAGAUGCACUCAGUAGGUUUGAGUGUUGCAGUGUGAGCUUGGACGCCACAAAAGCUGAGCAGAUUCUCAGCCUCACCAACAACAUGCUUCUACUCAUCUCCUCCCUCACUCCUACCAUGAAGAAUCUUGCGAAAAGUUAUUCGAGCGACGUGUGCCUGGAUCCAGACACAGCCCAUCCCAAGCUGCUCAUCUCUCCGAAAGGUGACAGUGUCACCUACACAGACGCAUGGAAGGAGCUUCCUGAAGCCCCUUGCCGCUUUGACACCACUCUUAAUGUCAUCAGCUUGCAAAGCUUCAGCUCUGGCUGUCAUUACUGGGAAAUGGACGUGACUGGCAAGACUUACUGGGAGCUUGGCGUCACGUAUCCCAGCAUUCCGCGCAAGGGCAUCGCUGAGGACUGCUGGCUGGGUCGCGGAGAUGAGUCGUGGUGCGUGGAGUUUUUUGGUGGGGAGUAUACAGCCUGGCACAGAGGGGUGCCCCAUCGACUGCUUGUCCCAAAACACUUCUGUCGAAUUGGAAUUUUGUGUAAUUUCCCAGCCGCGUCGGUGAUGUUUCUGGGUGCAGACGAUAUGUCACCGCUGUUCUGCUUCUGUGCAGGGAGCUUCUCGGACAGCCUCCACCUGGCCUUGUGUCCUGGCCAUGACCACAAUGGAACCAAUGCAAAACCUAUUGUAAUCUGUAAUGCAACACCUCCAGCUCCACAUAUUUAACCUUGUACCAAUCAUUUAUAAGGCACUUGGCACACAUUGAAAUGAAACCUUCCAUCCAUCCAUUUUGUACUGUGUAUCCUGCUGUGGAUCACAGGUUAAGAUGGAGACUAUUCCAGGUGGUUUUGGAUGCAUCUUGCUAGUCGCCAGUCAGUCCCGGUGUACGUGUGUCAUAC